AUGCCAAAGAAGGUGCCGAGCAGGCCGACGAAGCGCAAACGGGCGAGCGUCAGCAGCAAUACGACGGGUGUCUCCCCGGACUGCAAGGAGGCGAAGGGCCCCAAGAAGAAGCUGUCGAAUGAGGGGGGAAAGCGGCGGAGCAAGGAGAACGCGAAGAAGGACGGGGAGAAGAAGAAGAAGUCGAAGGAGUCGAGACGGCUCUCCGGUCAGGGACAGGUCGCCAAGAAGGAAUCGUCCACCCAGCAGCAACCAAGCGCGGAAAAGCCGGGAAAGCCUGGAAAGGACAGCAAGCAGAUGAGCAUCUCCAUCAGCCCGGCGCUGCCACCACCGGAAGUGUCGCAGACGUUGCCCCCGCCUCCGGCUGCUCCGCCUAUUGAUUUGACGCCGCACGACAUGAACGAGAUCAAGAGCGAGAAGGACACCGAGGUCGAGGCGAGUAGCGCCAGCGCCAUCAGUUACAAGCCGCCCCCGAUGAAGCUGCUCCCGCCCACCGGCCACGAGGUGAUGCACCGCCGCAUGGUGUUCAUGUGCGCCGGCGAGACGGAUGGGGUCGGGCUGACCAAGACCAGCGAGGAGACGAUCACCAAGGCGGCCCAGAUGCUCAGCAAGCUCUCCCUCUUCUACUACAACAUUUUCGUGGCGCCGACGCUGGCCAGCUUGAAGACGGCGCGCCUGGCGGCGUCGAUUUUGGGGCCUGACUCGAUCCACAUGCGCAACUUCUUGAUCGAGCCCGGGCUCUGCGACGUUUUCGACAACAAGAAGAACACGAUUCUCGACGAUGACCCCACCGCGCCGGCUGAUCAGCAGACAAGUGCACAGGUGCGCGGCGAGGCGUACGAGAUGGUCGCCACGCGGAACGACGUUCGCGCCGAGACGACACGCGACGCCUUCGAGCGGCGCAUCGCGUCGGCCGUCAGCCACAUCUGCCACUACACCAAGGCGAACGUGCUGGUGGUGCUGGAAGCCGGGCCCCUGGAUGCGGCUUGCCGAGCGCUCACCUGCUUGCCGCCUCUCACCGUCAGCGAGGGCAGCUACGCCGUGGCUCCCGAGACGGUGCCCGUCGAGACGGACGAAACUGCCGUGGAGGUGGGC